GAGGCGUGGCCGCUGAUAAAAAGCAGCAGCAGGUGACGGACGCAUCUGUGGAUCUCCUCUCCAGCGCUCAGGUUUGAAGUUUCACAAUGUAUAGGUGCAACCAAGGGGGACAGUGUUCUCAAGGGUGCCAUGGCCAUGGGCAUGGGCAUGGGCACGGGCACGGGCACGGGCACGGACACGGACACGGACACGGACAUGGACACGGGCAUUGCCAUGGACAUGGACAUGGACAUGGCGGUGGCCCUUGUCAAGGGUCUGGCCAUGGACAUGGACAUGGGUGUUGUCACAGGCGCAGGUUCAGGCACAAGCGUGGCCACAAGCACCGAAAGUGUCACAAGAAGGGGAGAGACACUCACGGGUCCUCCAGCAGCUCCUGCAGCAGUGACUCCGACUCUGACUAGAUGAAGAGUUCUGGAGAAAGCAAGCUGUCAACUGGAAACCUUCAUUCUCAUAACUUACACUGUCAUCUGUUUACCCUAUAGCCUAAGGUUGGGUUACAUUCACAUAUGAUCUUAAACAUGUUUGUAACUCAAAUAAAUUUGUGUUCUGGCCCAAGAAACACGCUUUUGUCAGAACAUAUGCAAAGCACACAUUGGUUCUGAUGUAAUGAAUUUUCAAUUUCAGUUUCAGCUUCAGCUUCACUCGUUAUCUCUAUUUACUUCUCUUUCUUAAGUGACGGGACUGUGUCCAGGUCCACUUUCUGAUGUGGUAGAGUAUAUGGGUUUUUAAACACUUUUGUGAUCAUGACAUCUUUCUAAUUAUCCUGAUGGAGUUUUUGUUCGUAGAAAAAUGAAACAAUCCUGAGCAAGAUCUCAGUUGGACCUGUGAGGGAGGGGGUGGGGUGGGGGGGUGGGGUUGGGUGUGACAUUUUUGCUCAUUGCUAGUGUCAUUCUUAAUAAUACCACUGGAUGGUGGUAAAUGGUGUGUAAUUUUCCAGACCUUUAGUCACUAAAGUCCUUUAGUGACUUAAAUAAUAAUAAUCCAAUCUUAUGUUAUCCUUAAUUGUGUUAAUAUAUUUUUUCAUCAAUAAAAAACUUCUUUAUCAA